AUGUCACAAUGAGUGGGGGCAAGUAUGCGUCCAUGCAUCCAUGUAGAUAAUUUGUGGGUAUGGAACCCGGGGUCUUAGCUGAGCUGUGCCAGGCGUCGAGCCGAUCCCUAUGUAAACAUAGAUUUUAUAAGAGUCAGUGAACCGUGCGGUAAGUAUGGGCUCUUCUUUUUUUCUGUCACCCACGCUUCUCCCUCUCCCUCCCUGUCAAAUUCUUCCGUGGUGAACUAGAACCACUACGACAAUGUACGGCCUCAGAAGGACUGCCGUAGUGGCCCUACAGCUCUUUUCUCUUCAAACUUCCCUCACGUCCGCAAGCUCGUUACCGCCCCACAUUGAGAAGUUGAUCAAGAAACAGGUUCCACAAGAGCCUACAGGUGUUAAGACCAUCACAUCACCAGGCGGCGCGACCAUACGGUAUAAACAACCUGAGCUUGAGGGAGUGUGCGAGACGACACCCGGAGUUUCCUCUUAUUCCGGAUAUGUAGACCUCGAUGAUGAGACCCACAUGUUUUUCUGGUUUUUCGAGGCUCGGAAAAAUCCCGACGAAGCGCCUCUGACGCUAUGGCUUAAUGGCGGUCCAGGAAGUGACAGUCUUAUAGGGUUAUUUGAGGAGCUCGGGCCCUGCAACGUCACAUUUAACGGCACUUCGGUUGUGAAUCCCUAUGCUUGGAACGAAGUUAGCAACCUUCUUUUUCUCUCGCAACCCAUUGGCGUAGGCUUCUCCUAUGCCGAUGCGGUCGUGGGUGUCGUCAAUGAGACUACAGGCCUGCCUGUUAAUUCUUCCAACCCCGAUGGCCGCUACAGCGAGGUGGACCCGUACCGUUUUGAUACUACCGCCUUGGCUGCCAAGGGUACGUGGGAGAUCUUGCAAGGGUUUAUUGAGAAUCUGCCUACUUUGGACGAGAAGGUUAAGUCUCGUAGUUUUAAUCUAUGGACUGAGAGUUAUGGCGGGCAUUAUGGUCCAUCCUUCUUUCGAUACUUCUACGAGCAAAAUGCUCUAAUCCAGAAUGGGACAAUUCCCGGUGUUGAGCUCAACCUACAUACGCUAGGCAUAAUUAAUGGUAUUAUCAGCGAACGAAUUCAGGCACCGUAUUAUCCGGAACAUGCUUUCAAGAAUACAUACGGUAUUGAAGCGAUCAACCAGACGAUUUACGAUUAUAUGAAAAUGAACUACUACUUCCCUGGUGGUUGCCGAGACUCUAUCGACUUAUGUUUUGAGCAAGAUCGUUCUACGCCUGACGGUAAAUCUGUAUGCGCACAGGCGACAGCGAUAUGUCGCUCCCUUGUUGAGUCACCCUACUACGUCGUUAGCGGCCGAAACCCAUAUGAUAUUCGAGCGAAGGAUGAUGCCAGUAUCCCGCCAGGAAAUUGGGUUGAUUAUCUCAACACAGCGAAGGUCCAAAAUGCCAUAGGCGUUGACAUUAACUACACAUCCACUAGUAGUCAAGAUAUAUGGAUCGGCUUCGACUACACGGGCGACUUUGUUUACCCUAACUUACUUGAAGACCUCGAAGCUCUUCUAGCAUAUGAUGUCCGUAUCGCGAUGGUUUAUGGUGAUGCUGAUUACAUCUGCAAUUGGUUGGGUGGCCAAGCCGUGUCCCUAUCGGUGAACUACACGCAUAAGGCCGAGUUUGCCUCAGCUGGAUACGCACCAUUCGUUGUGGACGGUGUCGAGUACGGUGAGAGCAGACAGUAUGGAAACUUCAGCUUCACACGAGUUUACGAUUCAGGCCAUGAAGUGCCUUACUAUCAACCGAAGGCAGCCCUGGAGCUAUUUAGACGUGUCUUGGGUGAUUUGGUUAUUGCGGAUGGUAAAGAGAAGGUAACGCCUACAUAUAAGAGCGACGGUACCGCGAAUGCCACGCACACGAACAGCUACACGACCUACUACACAGGGCGGCCCGGGGAUUGGAAGAAAUAGACCCAAAAGAGGGUUUCUAAUGGUCUCGAUGCCUAGGCAGGUAUGAUAAUAGAAGUAGCUAACUUAAUAUACCUAAUAAGAAGAUGCCAGAUACUACCCGACUAUUUAAACCUGACGUCUAUGUUCCUC